AUGAUUUCCAAAGAAAUAUUUUAUAAACUUAAUAACCUUAGAUGUUAUAGGAAAUAUUCUCCAAACCGUAGAUCCCUUAGUAAUGAUAUUUGGAAUGAAGAGUUGACAAUAGAUCUAAAACUAAAAAUUGAGAAAUACUGGAAAGAUAAACUAUGUAAAGGUAGUUUUGAUAAAAAUAACCUUGAUAAAAAAUUCUACGUCUUGUCAAUGUUUCCUUAUCCGUCUGGUCACUUACACAUGGGUCAUGUUCGAGUGUAUGUAAUUGCAGAUUCGAUUGCUAGGUUUCAUCGCAUGCACGGACAAAAUGUAUUUCAGCCUAUGGGAUGGGAUGCAUUUGGGCUUCCUGCUGAGAACGCAGCUAUACUACAUGGCUUACCAGCUGAUAAAUGGACUAGUUCAAAUAUUGAUCACAUGAAAAAACAGCUUCAAGAACUUGGAUGCAGUUUUGAUUGGUCUAAUGAAUUAACAACCUGUGAUCCAACUUAUUAUAAAUGGACUCAAUGGUUCUUUCUAAAAAUGUUUCAAUCUGGACUUGUUUAUUCUAAGGAAGCUGAAGUUAAUUGGGAUCCAGUAGACGAAACAGUGUUAGCUAAUGAACAAGUAGAUGAAAAUGGACGUUCUUGGCGGUCUGGUGCUAUUGUUGAGAAAAAAGUUCUGAAACAAUGGUUUAUAAAAACAACACAAUUCUCUAAAGCUCUGUUUGAAGGACUAAAUGAUCCAUCUUUAAUAGAUUGGAGGGAUAUUAUCAACCUUCAAAAACACUGGAUUGGAGAAUGUGAUGGAUAUAAAUUUGAUUUUCAACUAUAUACUGAUAAUGUAUGUAGAACAAUACUCAAUGUUUGGACACAAUAUCCAGAACAUGUACCAUUAGCUGCAUUUGUUUGUGUUAAGCCCGAUUCUUUUAUACAUAAAUAUUAUGUUCUGAAUCAUAAAAAUGUAUACAUCAAGAAUCCGAUUACUGGCAGCAAAUUACCGAUUUUAGUUACUGAUCGUGUUGUAUAUCCAGACGGGCAAGAAUCACGCUUAGCUGUGCCACAUGCAAAUUCUAUUGAUAAAGAAUUAGCUGAAGAGCAUAAUAUUUUUCAUUCUGUAAACCAAAGCUCGUAUUUAUCUAGAGAAAUAAUUUGUGAAAAAGCAAAAGAGUUAAAUUGUGGUGGUUAUCAAGUAAGUUCUAAAUUACAGGAUUGGUUAAUAUCUAGACAACGAUAUUGGGGUACUCCUGUACCAAUUAUUCAUUGUACCAAUUGCGGAGCUCAAGCUGUACCAGAAGAACAAUUACCAGUAAAAUUGCCAAUGCUUGAUGUACAAAGUGGUAAAAAAUUUAAAUCGUUAGAGUUAGUCGAAAAAUGGAUUAAGACUACUUGUCCAAAAUGUGGUGAAGAGGCAAAAAGAGAAACAAAUACAAUGGAUACUUUUGUGGAUUCCAGUUGGUAUUAUUUGAGAUAUUUAGAUCCUAAAAAUAGUUCUCAGCCAUUUGAUAAGACUUUGGCCAACAAAAUGAUGCCUGUUGAUAUAUAUGUUGGUGGAAAAGAACAUGCUGUUUUGCAUCUAUAUUAUGCGAGGUUCUUUAACCACUUUCUACAUUCCAUUGGUUUGUCUCCUUGUUUAGAACCAUUUAAAAAACUAUUGGUUCAAGGCAUGGUGAUGGGUCAAAGUUUUAAAAAUAAAAUUAAUGGCACAUAUUUAAAAGAAGAUGAAGUAAUCAAAAAAGGUAAAACAUAUUUCUCUAAAAAUGGUGACAUCCCGGUUAUUGCAACAUGGGAAAAAAUGAGUAAAUCUAAGCACAAUGGUGUCGAACCAAAGCAUACUAUAAGUGAAUAUGGAGUAGAUACUAUGCGAUUAUUGGUAUUGUCUAGUGUUGCACCUACAUCUAAUAGAAAUUGGAAUUCUGACACAUUUCCUGGAAUUUUAAAUUGGCAACAUAGAUUAUGGUUAACUAUAAGAGAAUUUCGAACUAUUAGAAAAAAUGAUGAUGUCCAAAGACAUACAAUUGAUUCAUCUAUAUUCCAAAAAGAAGAAAUUAAAUUACACGAUGCACGUAAUUAUCAUGUCAAAAAAACUUCAAGUAACUUCAGAAAAUCAUAUCAAUUGAGUGUAGCCAUUUCAAAACUACAAGGGUUGACAAAUAUUUUAAGAAAGUCUCCUAAAGAAUUGAUUAAGUAUAGUGCAGAAUAUGAAAGAUUACUGGCUGUUCAAAUAAUAAUGUUAACACCGAUGGCUCCACACUUUACAUCUGCCUUAUGGAGCGGAUUUGUAUCUGCACCAGGUCGCAUAAAUCAUAAAUGGGAACAAAUUAAUUGGGAAAAUGAUGUGAUUCAUCAAAAAUGGCCACAAGUGGAUAGCGAUUAUAUUUUAAAUUUAUAUUGUGUGUCCCAGGUGAUCAACAUCCAGGAGAAUUUAGGUCUUUAG